AUGUCGCUAAUAACAAUAUUUGCUUUUUUUAUUAAAGCAACGCUCGUGUUAUCAUUAGAUAUUCUCACACCAACUACCUUAACUGGUGACCAAACAUUUAAUGAGGAUGUUAGCGUUGUUUCUUCGUUGACAUUGAACGACGGUUCACAGUAUCUAUUCAAUAAUCUUUUGCAGAUUGCACCAUCUUCGGCCAGUGUUACUGCAAACGCGCUAGCAGCGGUUUCUGUUUUUACCUUUUCUUUGCCUCCAUCAUCAUCACUAUCUAAUUCAGGCACGCUAAUAAUAUCGAAUUCGAACACAGGUCCAUCAACAGAACAGCAUAUCGUGAUUACACCCAAUGUGAUGGCGAACACUGGUACUAUUACACUAUCUUUGGCUCAUACCAACACUGAUAGUAGCUCCACCUUAAUAAUAGAUCCAGUCACCUUCUAUAAUACAGGCACAAUCAAUUACGAAAGUAUAGGCAGUGAAACAAAUGACCCUAGCCUGACAGGUAACAUACUCAGCAUUGGCAGUAGUGGCCGCACACUACAAAAUCUAGGAACAAUAAAUUUGAAUGCCGCCAAUAGUUAUUACUUGCUUGGUACAAUCACUGAGAAUAGUGGAUCAAUUAACGUACAGAAAGGAUUUUUAUACGUAAAUGCCUUAGAUUUUAUUGGUAAUACCAUAAAUCUAUCAACUACCACUGCAUUAGCAUUUAUUAGCCCAGUUUCCCAGGUAGUCAGAGUUCGCGGUGUUUUUUUUGGGAAUAUAAUUGCAUCGGUAGGGUCCUCAGGAACAUUUAGUUACAACACACAGACAGGUAUACUUACUGUUACCACCAAUGGUGUGUAUUCAUAUGACAUUGGAUGCGGUUAUAAUCCGGCAUUAAUGUCCGGUCAACAAGAAACAUUAUCUUUUCAAGGAAAUCUUUACGAUACCUUCCUUGUAUUGGUGAAUCAGCCUAUUCCAAGUGAUUUGACCUGUGCCGCUGUGUCUUCAUCAAUUACACCUUCCUCAUCUGUUGAACCAUCUUCUUCAGUUGAGCCAUCUUCUUCAGUUGAGCCAUCUUCUUCAGUUGAGCCAUCUUCUUCAGUUGAACCAUCCUCAUCAGUUGAACCAUCCUCAUCAGUUGAGCCAUCCUCAUCAGUUGAGCCAUCCUCAUCAGUUGAACCAUCUUCAUCAGUUGAACCAUCUUCAUCAGUUGAACCAUCUUCAUCAGUUGAACCAUCUUCAUCAGUUGAACCAUCUUCAUCAGUUGAGCCAUCUUCAUCAGUGGAACCAUCCUCAUCAGUUGAGCCAUCCUCAUCAGUGGAACCAUCCUCAUCAGUUGAGCCAUCCUCAUCAGUUGAGCCAUCUUCUUCAGUGGAACCAUCAUCACCUGCUGUUCCAUCAUCUUCAGCCGAACCAUCAUCUUCAGUAGUACCACCAAUAACUCCAAUUCCAUCAUCUUCGGUUGUCUCAGCCUCCGUUUUUGAUACCUCUUCAACUUUACCAUCAUCUCCAACUGUCCCUACGUCUUCAGUAUCACCAUCAUCUCCAACUGUCCCCACAUCUUCAGUAUCACCAUCAUCUCCAACUGUCCCUACAUCUUCAGAAUCACCAUCAACACUCUCUACCCCAAGCUCUUCUGCAGCGCCCUCAUCAUUCUGCCCAACAUGUGUUAGCAGUGGUACACCGCCCGCACCAUCAUCUAGUGCGGUUGUUCCCACAUCAUCUGCAGGUGGUGGUAACGGAGGCGAUAAUGGACAACCUGGAGCUGAUGGACAACCCGGAGCUGCUGGACAACCUGGAGCUGCUGGACAACCCGGAGCUGCUGGACAACCCGGAGCUGCUGGACAACCUGGAGCUGCUGGACAACCCGGAGCUGCUGGACAACCCGGAGCUGCUGGACAACCCGGAGCUGCUGGACAACCUGGUGCUGCUGGACAACCUGGUGCUGCCGGACAACCUGGUGCAGGCUCUGGAGGAGGUUCAGAACAACCAACUCCUGGAGCAGGAGCUGGAUCAGGAAGUGCAGAUGGUAACCAAUCUGGAACAAGUAGUGGAACGGGAAAUGGCCAAGCAGGAUCAGGCCAAGCAGGAUCAGGACAAGUAGGAUCAGGCCAAGCAGGUGCAGGCCAAGCAGGAUCAGGCCAAGCAGGUGCAGGCCAAGCAGGAUCAGGCCAAGCAGGUGCAGGCCAAGCAGGUCUUGAUAACACUGCUUCUGGCCAAUCGGAAGGAGGCCAAGCAAGUGCUAUGGACGGUGACCAAAGCGGCAGAGGUGGCCAGUCCAAUAGUGGAAGUCUACUUCAACCAAACGCUCAGCAAGGCACAGGUUCGGGUACAGGCUCAGAUACUGGAGCAGACCAAGCUAGUGGCGAGAGUCCAGGACAAAUCGGAGAUGCACAACCCGGCUCAGGAACAGACCAAAGUUCAGGGCGUCACAGCCUAGCAGCGGAGGCCCGGACUUCACAGAGUCACAGCUUAGCGGCAGAUGCCAGAACGCGCAGCACAACACGCCAGACCAGCGUUAUAGCUCCAGGCACAGCUCCAGGUACCGCGGUCGUUACAACGUUCCAUGGCUGUGGAACUGUGAAUCACAAGGGGAUGAUAAAUAUAUUGCUAGCCUUGGCCUUGUUGGUUCUAUUGUAG